CUAAUGGUCUCACUACCCUUUCAAGGUCACAUUAAUCCCUUCUUAAAAUUAGCCAAACGUCUUAUUUCAAAGGGUGUUCAUGUUACCAUUGCAACCACAGAAAAUGCACGCCAUCGUUUACCCAAAAUGCCAAAUUCUCAGAGCUCAGAGAUUCAUCUUGAGUUCUUUUCUGAUGGCCUUAGCUUUGAUUUUGAUCGUAGUGAUCAAAAUUCACUAAUAAAUUCUCUUUAUACUAAAGGGUCUAAAAAUUUGUCUACUCUCAUCACCAACCUCACCAAAGCUCAAGAAUUUUCUUGCAUGAUUGUUAACCCUUUUGUUCCUUGGGCUAUAGAUGUUGCCAAUGAACAUGGCAUACCCUGUGCAAUGCUUUGGAUCCAAGCUUCUGCAGUGUUCUCUAUUUAUUACCGAUAUUUCAAGAACACUGAUGAUGAUUUUCACAAUUUGGAGGAUCCAAAUGAGAAGGUGCAAUUACCUGGGCUUCCAACAUUUAAGGUUAGAGAUCUUCCAACUCUUAUGCUUCCUUCAAGUCCUGAUCAUUUUAAAAGAUUACUCAUGCAUUUGUACCAAUCACUUGAUAAAGUGAAAUGGGUUUUUGGCACAUCGUUUUAUGAAGCUGAGGAAGAGAUAGUGAAAUCCAUGGUUUCACUUACUCCUAUUUACCCCAUUGGACCACUAGUAUCUCCAUUUUUGUUAGGAGAGACAGAAACCAAUGGCUUUAGUGUGGACUUGUGGAAUGCUGAAUAUUCUUGCAUAGAGUGGCUUGAUAAUAAACCAAAUUCCUCAGUGAUUUAUGUGUCGUUUGGGAGUUUGAUUGUGCUGUCCAAUAAGAACAUUGAAAACAUAGCCACUGCUUUGAAGAACAGCAACAAACCAUUCUUGUGGGUGCUGAACCCUGGGGCAGAAAAUAAAGAAGAUGAUGCUGAUGAAUUAGCUUUUGAAAUUCUCAAAGAGACAAAAGGGAGAGGUUUGGUUGUGAAAUGGUGCCAACAAGAGAGGGUUCUCAUGCACCCUUCUGUGGCAUGCUUUGUUAGUCAUUGUGGGUGGAAUUCUACGUUGGAAACACUCGUCGCCGGCGUGCCGGUCAUCGCUUGUCCUGAAUGGACUGAUCAGCCAACAAAUGCGGUACUUGUAUCAAAUGUGUUCAAGACUGGAGUGAAUGCUAAGUCUGAGGAAGAUGGAGCUAUCAAUGCACAAGAGCUUCAAAGGUGCAUUUGGGAGGUCAUGGACGGGCCAAAUGCUGAAGAGAUUAAAAACAGAGCAAUGGAGAUGAAGGAUUUAGCAAGAAAAGCAUUACAAGAUGGAGGUUCUUCUGAUAAGCACAUCAACCAAUUCAUCCAUGAUAUGAUCAUUCACAACUUACACCCUUAA